AUGAAAACAACCCAACCCCUCCUUCCAAUCCUCUCUCUCCUCUUCACAUCCACCACCACCUUUGCCCAACAACAACCCCCCUGCAACGGCCACAUCGAAUUCUGCACCCGCCAAUACUCCAACAUCAGUCUAAUCGGAGCCCACGACUCCCCCUUCAUCGGCGACCUCCCCUCCGACAACCAAAACCUCAACAUCACCCAACAGCUCGAUUUCGGCAUCCGCUUUCUUCAAGGCCAAACGCACAAAAACCUCGAAGGCGAGCUCGACCUCUGCCACACGUCCUGUCUGCUUGAAGAUGGGGGAUCGCUGGUCUCGUUCCUGCAGACGGUGAAGGGGUGGGUGGAUGAGGAGAGUAAUGCGAAUGAAGUCGUGACGCUGCUUUUGACGAAUGGGGAUAAUGUUCCUGUGGAGGAGUUCGAUGCUGCUUUUGAGAGUGCGGGGGUGAAGGAGUAUGUGUUUGUUCCUGAGUCUAGUCCUGGUGUGUUGGGAUUUGGGGAUUGGCCGACGUUGAGUGAUUUGAUUGGGAAUGGGACGAGGGUGGUUGUUUUCUUGGACUAUGGCGCAAACACCACCUCCGUCCCCUAUAUCCUCGAUGAAUUCUCCUACUUCUUCGAAACACCCUACGACGUAACCGACCCUUCUUUCUCCAACUGCUCCAUCGACCGACCCCCCGGCGCCUCCGCUUCCGGCCGCAUGUAUAUCGUCAAUCACUUUCUCGACGUCGAUAUCCUGGGCGUGCUAGUGCCCGAUCGAGUUGCGGCCCCGACGACGAAUGCCGUCAGUGGGAAUGGCAGUAUUGGUGCCCAGGCGAGUCUGUGUGAGGGGUUGUAUGGUCGGGUGCCGAAUUUCGUCUUGGUGGAUUUCACGGAUCAGGGGGAUGUUUUGGGUGCGCAGGAGAGUUUGAAUGGGUUUUCGGAUUCUUGA